GUUCGUGACCUUCAGGAGGAAGAGAUCUUCUCAACGGAUUCUCACUUUCCCGAACCAAAUCACCGACCCCUAAUCCUCUAUCUUCAUUCGCAACCCCCAAACAAAACCCUAGCCCCGGACCCUCGCUCUCUCGGUUUGGCUCUCGCCGAUUCAAUAAACGGAACCUCGACAUUUUGGCAGCUCUUCCCGAAGAAGAAGUUAACAAUUAUCCGCUUCUCCAUCGAAAUUUGUCCUCGUAUAUCUCAGUCUGUUUCUCCUACUCCUCUGCUCGGGAGAUUCCGGCGAUCUCGAAGCCGAAGCUGGACUGCGUUCUUUUAUUGAGGGGAGGAAAUAUGUAUCACCAAUCUGCACUGAUGAAUGUUCCAGUGAUGCCUCUUAUGCCAAGUAAAGAAUCGGCGGUGCUUGAUUGGGAUGUAAGGGGGCACGCGGAUGUUGUCUAAGAGGAUAUCAUGUCGCCACAUGAGAUUGUGCCUAGGGUUUGUUCCAUAAAAUCGCCGAUGAUUAGCUUUUCUAUGCUGGAAUGGUUUGGGAGGACUCUAAAGGGCGUCAAACAGGUUUUCAAGAUUGAUCCAGGCUGGUUAUGGAUGCUGAUAAAAUUCCUAUAGUCAUCCCAUUUGUGCAUUCAGGCAGGCAAGAAAUCAUGCCUAUAGGUUCAAACUUCCCCAAGGUUGGCAAAAAGAUUGCUCUAUACUAUAUUUACCUGCAGGUAACGGUGGUUGUUGGUGAUCCAAUACAGCUAGAAGACAUGAUUGUUGAUGAUACGGAAGAGGUCUCUAGGGGUAUUUUAUAUGAUCCAGUUUCUUCAAAGAUUAGCCAUAGGCUAAGGGAGCUCAAAAUCCUAGCAGACAAACUGGCUUCAGAACAUACCAUUGAUUUGCGGUAUUACUUCACACAUAAAGCUCAGGGUGGAAUGCACUCUGGCAGCGAGUGGAUUGGGAUGCAUUGAUGUUAUGCAAUCAGAUGAAAAAGCUCCGAUCACCAAAGAAUUUUUCGUCCGUCGGCCAAAAAAUGAUCAAGAGCAGCGGCAGGAGCCUAACUCAGCUAAAACCGUUGAGAUGAGUUUCUCCCAUGUCUACGGAGGAGGCAUUGUUUCUAGAGUUCGUGGUUACAUGAACCCGACCGAGUUAAUGGGGUUCGCUGCCAGUGGUUUGUUUUGGAACGGGAAGCUUUUGGAUGAAACUGCUCAUGACAGCAUUCAGGAUCCUUUUCUAGCAAAAUGGUGGAAACCGUUUGAACGAAUCAGCACAUUUAAGGUCUGGAGUAAGAUGUGAAUUCUUUGUUCAGUUAAAGGCUAAGGUAUUUUCUUAUUCUUUCUCCUAAAAUUUUUCUGAGGAUAAAACAUUGCGAUUUUGAUAGCUCCGUUGCUAAUGCUAUGUGAAUACACAGGGAUUUCGGGUGUAAGAAAUUAAGAGUCUUUUCUAUAGCUUCGUUAACUCUGAUGAAGCUCUUUCUAGCUUUUUUUUUCUUUAUACUUUAAGCUGCUUUUGUAUUUUUUAAAUGGUGGC